UUAAAGACACAGUUAAACGCAGCAAAGCAGAUGCAGACAGAGAGAUAGCCGAUGGUGUGCAGAUCCUCACUGCUCUGAUGCGCUGCAUUGAAAAGUGCCAGGAUGAUCUCAACCAUAUGGUUAAUGAGAGACUAAAAACCACAGAGAAACAGGCUGAAGACCUCAUCAAAGAACUGGAGCAGGAAAUAGAAGAUCUGACCAAUAGAAGCUCAGAGGUGAAGCAGCUCUCACACACUAAAGACCACUUCCACUUCCUCCAGAACUUCAGAUUCCUGAAGGAUCCUCCACCCACCAGGGACUGGACGACGGUGGAGGUCCGUCCUCUGUCAUGCCUAGGGACCUUGAGGAAAUCCCUGGAUCAGCUGGAGGAGACACUGAACAUGGAGAUGAAGAAGCUGUGUAAUGAUGCUGAACUGAAGAGGGUCCAGCAGUAUGAAGUAGAUGUGACUCUGGAUCCUGAUACCGCUCAUCCCCAGCUCAUCCUGUCAGAUGAUGGGAAACAAGUACAUCAUGUAGGUGCAAGGAGGACGAUAUUCAACCCUAAAAGAUGGGUUACACAAUGUGUAUGUGUUUUCACAAGGCAGAGCUUCUCCACAGGGAGAUUUUACUUUGAGGUCCAGGUUAAAGACACGACUCAAUGGCAUUUGGGUGUUGCAAGAGAGUCUAUCAAGGGAAAGUUUCUGAGCAUAUUUACCCCUGAGAUAGGUUACUGGACUAUUCAUUUAAACAAGGAUGGGUUGGUAUUUAAGGAUAACCCUGCUGUCCAUGUCCCUCUGAGAGCUGAGCUCCAGAAGGUGGGGGUGUUUGUUGAUUAUGAUGAGGGUCUGGUCUCCUUCUACGAUGUGGAAGCCAGGGUUAAUAUCUACUCUGCUACUGGCUGCACCUUUAGUGAGCCUCUCUAUCCAUUCCUCUGUCCAUGUGAUCAUGAUGUUGCCCCCCUGAUCAUGUCACCUGUCAAUCAAACAGACUAGGAACUUUGUUUGCUGAUAAAAUAAUCAAACAACCA